CUCCUCGCCGUCCAUAUGUCAUGUGCGAUCAGCUGAUACCAGUCGAUAUGGGCUUUUCCAGUGGAAAGUACUGCGGUUUCAACAAGAACAGGAAGAAAACCAGGGGCAUCGAACUGACCUAAGAGGAGGCUCCGGGGCAGAAAUCGUUUCCGAACCGACCCAGACCGAGGAGGCGUCGAGAGAGAGAGAGAAAAAAAUUCAUAUCAUAAAGAAAAAACUGAAAUGAAAUCUGCAGGAUCGCUUUGCCGAAUCACGGAAUCGUCAGCGAGGCGGUAUUUCUACGAUGGAAGUCAUUACGGGAGAGGAUACCGAGUAUCUGAGGACAAUAGAAUGGGAAAUGAUGGACAAGACGAAAUUUUUCCCUCUUAGUAUGCUCAGUUCGUUUUCGGUCAGGUGCAGUCUUUACCCGUUGACCCUGAUCAAAACACGACUCCAGAUACAGAAGCAUGACAGCAUGUACAGUGGCCUCUUUGAUGCGGGGAGCAAGAUCUACAAAACUGAAGGUAUUGGCGGCCUGUACCGCGGCUUUUGGGUCAGCUCGGUGCAGAUUGUAUCAGGUGUGGGCUACAUCGCCACCUACGAAAGCACACGGCAUUUGCUGAAGCAGUACAACGCGACGACAACUGUCAAAGCCCUACUGAGCGGAGGUGCAGCGUCGCUAGUAGGCCAGACUAUAAUCGUACCCUUCGAUGUAAUUUCCCAACACCUCAUGUUCCUAGGACUCACUAAUUAUCGAGAUGGUGGCAAGAUGGUAUUAAAUCCACUAGGACUGACAAUCGACCCAUCUAGGUCAAAGUUCCGAAUCACCUUGGACAUAGCUCAGAUUAUUUACAGGACGGACGGCAUCAGAGGUUUCUAUAGAGGAUAUUUCGCAUCACUCUGCACAUAUGUUCCCAAUAGUGCCCUUUGGUGGACAUUUUAUCAGAUAUAUCAAGAUGAAUUAUGCAAGCUGCUUCCUUCGAAUGUAUCUCAUUUGUUUAUACAGUGCAUAUCUGGUACUUUAGGUGGAUUUACCACGACUUUAAUUACAAAUCCAAUGGACACGAUAAGAGCACGCUUACAGGUACAAAGAACGAAUUCGAUAGUGAACACGUUCCGCGGUCUUUGGAGCGAAGAGGGCCUGUGGAUGUUCUCGAAAGGGCUGAGCGCUCGGUUGGUACAGUCGGUCUGUUUUAGCUUCUCGAUAAUCCUCGGAUACGAAACGAUCAAAAGAAUCAGCGUCCGGCAAGAAUUUAAAGACCGAGUCAAGUGGUAGACUUUUACCCCCCCUCGUUUUCUUUCUUCUAAACACUCACAACGGCGCUUCCUACAUGUGGACCGAAUGAUAAAUGAAUUCAAACCGUGUGAAGUUUUAAUUUGUUCAAAAAAAUUGAUUUGGGACAAUAAUCUUAAUUAGUUUUAUUCAAUUAUUUUGUAUAUAGUUUAGUUUUCUUUUUCUGUUAAAAAAAAGAAUAAGAUUAUGUAUAUUUUUAAGGGAGGUGAAACCUGCCCUUUUAUAUAGAAAAUGACUGUACAUAUAUUUUUUUUUUAAUUUGUUGCAGGGAACUAAUAGUGCUUAAAAUAAUGCAUAUUUAAUAAAUGACCCAUUUUGUAUCAUUAAUCAAACUGGUACCCAGAAAAGCACAAUUCUAAAAUGAAAGAAAAGAUUAGUGACUGAUAAAACAUUAUUAUUUAACAUUAUAUAAAAAAACUAUUUAGAAAACAUGGUUAGACUAAUUGCAUUUGGGAUUAGUGUGAAGUGUGUUUGUUUAGCAAGAAUUUAUUGAAAAUUAAGGUAAAACUGUGUCUUGCCGUUUUUAACUGAUAAAAUUGGGUAGACGUGUCAAAAUAUUAGUGAAAAUUAGAUUCGGUUCAAAACCUUUUGUUAGUUUGGCUGGUGUAUGUUUAUUAAAUAAAUAUCCACUAUCCUUUAACUUGUUUAAUUAAAAUAAGAGUAUAUUCAUAGUAUUAUAAAACACAAUGCUGUUUUUUAGCUAGCUCAAUGUCUAAUGUUUUUUAAAUGUUAUAAGCUGUUAUUUUUAAAAUAACUUCUGAAAAUCAAAUAAAUUAUAUUCAUGUAUAUAAGGUGAAUGGAAAAGGUGUUAAUACAUUCAAUUUAUCAAUAGGGUUGAUUUAUAUAUCAUAUAUAUUUAUUAGAGUGAAUUUUUUUUAUCACUUAUUAAUGCAGAUAUAUUGUUUAUUUCUAUCAGCUUUUAAGUACAAUUAAAUUGUAUAAAAUAAUACCAGGGAUUAUAAGCUGCAAGCUAAAUUUAUUAUAAUUUUAUUAGCAUUUUUUGUUGUUCGUGUUACCAUCAAAAUUUUAAUUAACACCGUUGUUGCUUUUAAACAUGUGAAAAAAGCUAAACAAAGUGCAUUACAUUAAUUGUGUGUAUACAGUUUUUUUAAAAGAUGUAUUGCAAUUGUUGUUUUGGUAAAAUUGUUGGCGUCUGGUGAUUUAUUAAACUGUACAUUAUUGUAAAAUAAAAUAUUGUUUAAAAAACAAUGUAAAACGAAGAUCGUUCGUCAUUCUGAAAAGGGAAUAUAAAUAAUUAAAAGUCA